CCCUUUUCUUCAGUUCACUCUCAUUCUUCUGCCCUCCCAUCCCAUACCACUCCACCUGCAUUUCCGGAAGCUAAUUCUUUGGUAUCAUAAAGAGAAGAAAAGAAAGAAAAAAAAAAAAAGGAAGAGUCCCUCGUCCAGCGAUGAGGGAUAAGCGCUGGAAUGCCGUUGCUCUUCUGAUCCUGCGCAUAUCACAGCUUGUGCUGGCUGUGAUUGCGCUAGGACUGGCCGCUUUCUUCAUAGCUAAAUACCCUGUCGCAUGGUAUGCAGCCUUCACCCUCACCACUAUCUGCUUAACCGUUGUCUGGAUCCCCCUAGUCCUAGGCCUCUUCUUCACGGGCAACCUCCUCCCAUUAGUCGUGAUAAUCGUAGACGUACUCAUAGCAAUAUUCUACAUCAUCUCGAUCGCCACAAUCGCAGAUUACAACCCUGAAGCCAUCGGCGGGUCCUGCGCCUUCUACACCUUCUCGCUAUGGGACUGGGACACGUACUUGUGGGUGAUCGAGGACUGCGACAAGCUGAGGGGCCUAUUCGCCAUACUGGUCUUGGAAAUGUUGACGUUCAUCGGCGCGAUUAUUUGGGACGGCGUCGUCCUGUACCAGAAUCGCAGUGGGAGGGCUGGGGCUGUUGACGCCGUUGCGCAGAAUGCCAUGUAUGGCGGCGCCGGCGCCGGACGGGUAGCGGCGGUAGGGGGAACGUAUGGGGUGUCGAAACCUAUGAUGAACGAUGCGGCUGGAUACUAUGGGGGACAGACCUCUCUGCCACAGUACCAGCCCAUGAAUUCCCCGACUUAUCCACCUCAGGUCGGAUCACCAAUCAGUCCGUAUAGUCCUUACGUGCCACCGCCCGUGGCACCGACGAUGCCACAGCAGGCCGCCGUGAUGCAGCACCAACAUCAGAACCAUCUGCAGCAACAGCAGGUUCACCAGUUACAACAACAGCAACGUCAGCACCAACAACAACAACAACCGCAGCAACAACAUCAUCAGUUCCAGCCGCCGCCGCCGCCGCCGCCGCCGCAGCAGCAGCAGCAGAAUCAAGGACCGUUGCCACAUGAGUUGGGUGGAAUGCAUUAGUGGUAGUGGAGUUUCCUAUUGUUUUGAUGAUAUGGCUUUGUUUAUGAAAUGGAUUGGGUUUGGUUAGGUUCGUCAUGUAUGUUACUUUCACCGCUUAAGAUCUUGACCCACGC